AUGGCCUACUAUGGGAAGUGCAUUGAAAUAGCAAUGAAGCGCCUGGGCCGAUUUCAGCCUCAGAAGGACAGUCCCGAGCAGUUCCUGGAGGCCGCGGCCGCCUCCCUGCAGACGCUGAGCCCCCAGAAGCAGGCGUUCAUCAUGGAGAUCCUGUCCGGGUGCCUGGAGUACCACAAGCUGCUGACCAUCGUGGUGGACGCCUUCUACGUGCGGGACGGCCGGCUCUGCCCGCGGGCCGACUACAGCCUCUUUGAAGUGCUCUGCUACUUGGCCACGUUCCAGCUGGAGGAGCUUGGCUUUCAGGUCUUCCGCGAUGUUGUGCAGGCCCAGCCCGCCCACAAGGCGUGCAAGUUCCUCAGGUUCCUCUUCAACCCCUUGAACCUUGGCUCAUGGAUCAAGGACGAGUGGAGCCUCAUCUAUGAGACCUCCCACGUGAAGGAGAACUGGAUCGACCCCUUGAUGAGGUGGCAGCCGGAAAUCCAGGAGCUGAUCGACCAGCUGCAGGGGGAGCUGACCAGCCAGCUCUCUCCUCCAAAGAGCAAGGCCAAGGUCACAGAGCCCAAGGAGCUCAGCCUGACCACCCCCAGGCCCCGUGCCAUCCCUGUGCCUGAGCCGGUCCCCCAGGUGGCCGAGACCAGACCAGUCCCCAGGAGCACCUACGAGCCGCCCAAGGAGCAGCGGCUCCUGGAGAUGACCAAGAGAUACAACCGCUGGAAGGCUGAGGAGCUGCUGCUGCAGGCCAACAUCAAGGAGCUGCGGUGCGCGGUACCCAGGAGCCGCGGGGAGCCCCAGCUGCAGGACUCCAAGAAGAAGCCACGGCUUCGACUCCCGCCUCGUAUCCUUAAGGCCCAGAAACUGACCUUCUACACGCCUAAUGACAACGCCCCGGUCAAGCUCAAUACAGCUGCCAUCCUGCGCGAAGGGGCCCUGUACCAGCGGCAGGUGGAGAAGGAGCUGCAGAGGGUGGACCGGCUCGUGGACGGGGCCGGGGACUUCUCCGAGUUCCUCGAGUGGCAGAGGCGGAUGCAGGCGAAGGAUCGGGAGGAGCAGCUGGCCGCGGGCGAGGUCCGCCGGCUGCGGGGGAAGCUGAGCCACGAGGAGGCGGCGCUGGCGCGGCAGCAGGUGGCGCGGGAGAAGAGGCGGACGGUGGAGCUGAAGAAGGAGGAGACAGCCGAGCUGAUGCAGCGGUGCACGGAGAGGCGCCUCCAGGAGGAAAAGUCCAUGAAGAAGCUGGUGGAACAGGUGAUGGAGACACAGAAGAACGUCAGGGUGGCACAGACCGAGCUCCGGAAGGGCCGCCAGCGGAUAGCUCAGGAGGUGACAGAGGAGAACCGGGAGCUGCUGCAGCGCAGCGCAGAGGCGGCCAAGGAGGAACAGAGGCGGCGCCGUGCCCUCGUCUCCCAGCUCCGAGCCCUGGAGUUUCAGCCCACGCGCAGGGGCAAGCUGGUGGACCUGACCCAGACCCCCGGCCAUGGCUUGGAGGGGGAGAUGUCGGUGGUGGAGUUGCGUGAGCGGCUGGCCCUGCUUAAGGAGACCCGGCGUCGCCAGGAGGAGGAGCGAAGAGACCAGAUCAUCCAGGGCAAGCGCGCCAAGAGCCAGGAAUUGCGGGACACGGUGGAGCAGGUGGCGCUCUGCCGCGCUGCCAUGGGGAGGUCUGCAGCCCUGAGGUGGGAGGAGAAGAAGGCGCGGUGGGCGGCUGCCGGAGCGCCCUCCAAAGACGAGCGUGUGCUGGAGCUGCAGCGCCGGAUCCAGGAGAAGGCGGCCGAGCGGCGCGCGCGGGCGGCCCCGGGGCACGUGCCGGCGCCGCGGGCCGUGCGCCCCAAGCAGCGGGCGCAGCUGGAGGCGCAGCGCAGGCUGGAGCUGGAGCGGAGCCGCGAGCGCUGGCUGCGGGCGCAGCAGCCAGGAUGCGGGCCCGCGCGCCGCCUGGGGGCCGCCUGA